AUGUCUACCAUUCAGCAACUCAAGAACUUUAUCCGGCACGGCAAGCAAGCUCGUGCCGCUGCUCCUGAAGAGUCUCCACGCAAGACUGAACAGCAACAGGCGCCCGCAGUCCAGCACAAGACAGCAUCAGAUCCCAGUAACACCCACUACGCAAGGGCACAAGAGCCCGGAAACGAAUAUGGCGAUGACGAUUACGCACGCAGCAAGAGCAAGAAGCGCGUCGACGAUGAGAAGCUCGCCAAGCUUAUUGCCGAGGAAAAUGCCAGCAAGAGCAAAUUCCCUCGCUACCCCGGCCUCGAGCGCUGGGAGCUCGUCGACAAGAUGGGUGAUGGUGCCUUCAGCAAUGUUUACCGUGCCCGCGACACGACAGGUCAGCAAGGCGAGGUCGCUAUCAAAGUAGUACGCAAGUACGAGAUGAACAGUAUGCAGCGAUCAAAUAUCUUGAAGGAGGUCCAGAUUAUGCGCCAACUCGACCACCCCAAUAUUAUUAAGCUCGUCGAAUUCUCUGAAUCGAGGCAGUAUUAUUACAUCAUUCUGGAGCUUGCCCCUGGUGGUGAACUUUUCCACCAGAUCGUUCGCUUGACAUAUUUCAGUGAGGAGCUUUCCCGACACGUGAUUGUUCAGGUGGCCAAGGCUCUUGAAUAUCUCCACGAGGAGAAGGGUGUUGUUCAUCGUGACAUCAAGCCCGAGAACAUUCUGUUCGAGCCCAUUCCUAUGGUACCCUCUAAGCACCCGAAGCCUAAGCAGCCCGGCGAUGAGGACAAGGUUGACGAGGGCGAGUUCAUUCCCGGCCAAGGUGCCGGUGGUAUUGGUCGUAUCAAGAUCGCCGAUUUCGGUCUCUCCAAGAUUGUUUGGGACGACCAAACCAUGACUCCUUGUGGAACUGUUGGCUACACAGCACCCGAGAUCGUAAAGGACGAGCGAUACUCCAAGUCAGUUGAUAUGUGGGCGCUAGGCUGUGUACUAUACACUCUGCUUUGCGGUUUCCCACCAUUCUAUGAUGAGAGUAUCGAGGUGCUCACUGAGAAAGUUGCCAAGGGUCAGUACACUUUCUUGUCCCCAUGGUGGGACGAGAUCUCAAAGUCUGCCCAGGAUCUUAUCAGCCAUCUCUUGACUGUGGAUCCUGAGAAGCGAUUUACGAUUACCGAGUUCCUCGCUCACCCAUGGAUCGUUGGAAACGGACCUACUCCUCGGGAUGAGAUGAAGAAGUCUGAUGGUAUGCUCCGGGCCUUUGAUGCCACGAAAUUCGAAGAGUCUGGCAAGCGAUACGACUUCCGAUCUCCUGGCGCUGUCAACCUGCGUGAGGUCUUCGAUGUCGGUUAUGCUGUUCAUCGCCAGGAGGAAGAGGGCAAGCGAAGAGCGCAGAUCGGCCCCAAGGGCACACCAGCACGCUUCCUCGGCGGCCUCAACGAGGAAGAAGAAGACGAUGAUGUCAUGCAGAUUGAUGGUCAAGAUAACACCGCUGCCAAGCCCAACGCAGCGACUCAGGCCCUCGAGCAAAGUAUGCGCAAGGCCAACAUCCGAGAUCAAGAGCAGCAGCAACAAUCUCGGGGUCGUGAGCGGGAGCGUACCGAGAGAGGCUACGGCCAACAUUCGGCAACAGUCGCCGCGGCUGCUCGACAGCAAGUCCGUGAGCGCAAUCGCCAGCGAGGAGCAUUCGAGCUCAACCUGGACAACGCUACGCUUCUGGGCAAGCGAAACAAGAAGGUUCCUGUCAUGGGGGUAUAG